AUGGACGGCAUUGUCCCAGACAUAGCAGUUGGUACACAGCGGGGAUCGGACGAGCUCUUCUCUGCCUGUGUCACUAACGGACCCUUUAUCAUGAGCAGCAACUCAGCCUCUGCAGCAAACGGAAAUGACAGCAAAAAGUUCAAAGGUGACAACAGAAGUACAGGUGUGCCCUCCAGAGCGAUCCAUAUCCGGAAGCUUCCCAGUGAUGUUACCGAGGACGAGGUCAUUUCCCUGGGACUGCCUUUUGGGAAGGUCACCAACCUCUUGAUGCUGAAAGGGAAAAACCAGGCCUUCAUUGAGAUGAGCACAGAGGAGGCAGCCAACACUAUGGUGAACUAUUACACCUCGGUGACACCUGUGCUGUGCCAGCCCACCUACAUCCAGUUCUCCAACCAUAAGGAACUUAAGACCGACAGCUCACUCAACCAGGCACGGGCCCAGGCGGCCUUGCAGGCAGUGAACUCAGUUCAUACGGGGAACCUGUCACCGGCUGCCUCAGCUGCUGCCGUGGAUGCUGGGAUGGCGAUGGCUGGCCAGAGUCCAGUGCUCAGGAUCAUCGUGGAAAACCUCUUCUACCCAGUCACCUUGGACGUGCUUCACCAGAUCUUCUCCAAGUUUGGCACAGUUCUGAAGAUUAUCACUUUCACCAAGAACAACCAGUUCCAGGCACUGCUGCAGUAUGCCGAACCCGUGAGCGCCCAGCAUGCUAAGCUGUCGCUGGAUGGGCAGAACAUCUACAACGCUUGCUGUACUCGCAUCGACUUUUCUAAGCUCACCGGCCUCAACGUCAAGUACAACAAUGACAAGAGCCGAGACUACACCUGUCCUGACCUGCCCUCUGGUGACAGCCAACCCUCACUGGACCAGACCGUGGCUGCAGCCUUUGGUGCACCUGGUAUAAUGUCAGCCUCUCCGUAUGCAGGAGCUGGUUUCCCUCCCACUUUUGCCAUUCCUCAAGCUGCAGGCCUCUCUGUUCCCAAUGUGCACGGGGCCCUGGUCCCUCUGGCCAUCCCAUCAGUGGCAGCAGCGGCGGCGGCAGCUGGCCGGAUCGCUAUCCCAGGCCUAGGAGGGGCUGGAAAUUCUGUUCUGCUGGUCAGCAACCUCAACCCUGAGAGAGUCACACCCCAAAGCCUCUUUAUUCUUUUCGGCGUGUAUGGCGAUGUGCAACGGGUGAAGAUUUUGUUCAAUAAGAAGGAGAAUGCCUUGGUACAGAUGGCAGAUGGGAGCCAGGCCCAGCUGGCCAUGAGCCACCUUAACGGACAUAAGCUGCAUGGAAAGCCUGUGCGCAUCACCCUCUCCAAGCACCAAAACGUACAGCUGCCCCGUGAGGGCCAGGAGGACCAGGGCCUCACCAAAGACUACGGGAACUCGCCCCUGCACCGCUUCAAGAAGCCUGGCUCUAAGAACUUCCAGAACAUCUUCCCACCCUCGGCCACCCUGCACCUUUCCAACAUUCCGCCCUCCAUAUCUGAGGACGACCACAAGAUACUCUUCACCAGCAAUGGCGGAAUUGUCAAAGGGUUCAAGUUCUUCCAGAAGGAUCGCAAGAUGGCACCGAUUCAGAUGGGUUCAGUGGAGGAGGCCAUCCAGGCACUCAUCGACCUGCACAACCACGACCCGGGAGAGAACCACCACCUGCGGGUGUCCUUCUCCAAGUCCACUAUCUAGGCUCCCCACCAAGGACCAGCCUGCCAGGUAGUUCCGGCAACAACUUCCAUCAUUCCAGAAAAUAGCCACUUUAAAAAGCAGCUGAAGUGACCUUAAAAAGACCAGAGAUUUUAUUUUUUUAAAGAGAAAAUCAGUUUACCUGUUUUU